ACAGCUCCUCCCUUUUUCUCUCCUAGCUGCUCAGAGUUCCUUAACUCCACGCUCCCCUUCGACUUUGCUUCCUGCUUCUCUCCACGGGGCAGAGGAUCUAAAGUGAGGCGCUGCAGGACCCCGGGGGCAGAGUCCAAAGGAGGCGUGAUCGGGCCAGGAUGUUCCGAGCCUUCGUUGCCUGCGCGCAGCCCAAGCAAGCUGUAAGUCGCCUUCUGAGGAUGAACAGCACCGGGAACGAGGCACGGGGGACCCUCGCCAACAAGGUGGCCUUGGUGACUGCUUCCACCGAGGGAAUUGGCUUCGCGAUUGCCCGCCGCCUGGCCCAGGAUGGAGCCCACGUGGUUGUGAGCAGCCGGAAACAAGGCAACGUGGACCGGGCUGUGGCCGAGCUACGGACGGAGAAUCUGAGUGUGUCGGGGUUGGUAUGCCACGUGGGGAAGGCCGACGACAGGCAGCGCCUGAUUGACGUGGCUCUUGAGUGCCAUGGAGGAAUUGACAUCUUGGUAUCCAAUGCAGCUGUGAACCCCUUUUUUGGCAGUAUUCUGGACGCCACGGACGAUGUCUGGGACAAGAUCCUGGAUAUCAACGUGAAGGCCGCUGCCCUGCUGAUCAAACUGGUUGUACCUCACAUGGAGAAAAGGGGAGGCGGAUCCAUUGUUAUCGUCUCGUCCAUCGCUGCAUAUUCGCCGUUUCCGGGCUUGGGUCCCUACAAUGUCAGCAAGACGGCUCUUCUGGGCCUCACCCAUAACCUGGCCCCUGAACUGGCCCCUCGCAACAUCCGCAUCAACUCUGUGGCCCCCGGCCUGAUCCGCACCAAGUUCAGUUCAGCUCUCUGGCAAGACAAAGCUGUGGGGGACAAAUUGAUGGAGGCCAUGCGGAUACAGAGAAUCCAAAGAUCUUCCAAGAAGAGCCAGACACAAAAAACAUAGAGUUAGAAUUAAAGUGAAGGGCACCCCAAAAAACAUCUUGAGCCCAGGAGUACUAGAACUGAAUGGAGCUCAAUGUCCUUUCCCACCAAAGUUCUGUGGGUUUUUGCGGGGAGAGCCUUUUCCAACAUUUAGCAUUUCAGCAGUCUAAUUUGGGUUGGGAGGGUUAUUUUGCUGUUUCUAAAACAGUUUGGAGCCAGAAACCCUUGUCGAUUUUAUUUAUUUAUUUAUUGAAUUUUUAUACUGCCCCACUAGCAUAGCUCUCUGGGCGGUGUACGACAAAUAUAAUAAAUACAAUAGAAUCACAUGGAACAAUACAAAAAAUAAAUGCAAAUCCAUAAUCUAAAACCAGUUUAAAACAUAUUUAAGAAAAGCUAAAAUGCCUGAUAAAAUAGGAAGGUUUUAACUUGGCGUCGAAAGGAUAGCAAUGUCGGCGCCAAGCACACUUCUUCGGGAAGACUAUUCCACAGUUCGGGGGCCACCACUGAGAAGGCCCUAGUUCUUGUUACCAUCCUCCGAGCUUCUCUAUGAGUCGGAACUCGGAGGAGGGCCUUCGAUGUUGAGCGUAGUGUACGAGCAGGUUCAUAUCGGGAGAGGCGUUCCAAAAGGUAUUGUGGUCCCGUGCCGUAUAAGGCUUUAUAGAUUAAAACCAACACUUUGAAUCUGGCCCGGAAACAUAUAGGUAGCCAGUGCAAGCGGGCCAGAACAGGUGUUAUGUGUUCAGACUGCCUGGUCCUCGUUAUUGGUCUGGCUGCCACAUUUUGCACCAGCUGUAGCUUCCGAACCGUCUUCAAAGGCAGCCCUACAUAGAGCGCAUUGCAGUAGACCAAUCGAGAGGUUACCAGAGCAUGAACAACUGAGGUGAGAUCUUCUCUGUCCAGAUAGGGACGUAGCUGGGCCACCAACCAAAGUUGGUAGAACGCAUUCCGUGCCACUGAGGCUACUUGAGCCUCGAGUGACAGAAGGAUCUAAAAGUAUUCCCAGACUACGAACCCGCUCUUGACUUCAAAUCACCCAGACACCUGCCUUUGGCCCACCCAUGGUCUAGGAAUACUUAUAGCCCAAUCCGAAGCAUGUUUGCUCAGAAAUAAAUUCAGGUCACCAUGUACAGGUUUGCAGCUUCCGUCCCCCACGAGCACACAUAUUAGUGGGCUGUUGGUUCUACCCCAGCAUCUGACGUGAAUAGCUAUUUAUUUAUUUAAUUCCAUUUAUGUGAAGCAACUUCACAGGAAAAACAUAAACAAUAAAAACUAUUAAAAACAAUUCUGUAUGUAAAAACAAUUCUAUAUAUACAAACCAAUCCAUACAUUCACAAUAUAAAAACAAUUAUAGAAUUAAGAAAACGAUUGCAUAUAUAUAUAUAAACAAUUUCAAAUCCAAUAGAGACUUGGGAUAAAGGUCUCCAUAUAAAAGGCUUGUUGAAAAAGGAAGGUCUUCAAUAGGUGCCGAAAAGGCAGUAGGGAUGGUGCCUGAUGUGUAACAGUUCCAAAGGGCGGGGGCCACCACACUGAAGGCCUUCCUUUUUCCUAUAUUGUACAGAAUGGCCCCUUUUAGGAUGCACACCUUAACGUGGUAAGGGGGUUUGAGAGUGUUGAAGAAGCUGAAAGCAAUGGCGUCAGGAGGCUAGACCAAGAGGCUAGACUCCUAGCAGGGGCACUCAAGGUGGAAUGGUGAAAGCUGAGACACCAGACUAAGAUGCAGCCAAACUAAGAGGAAGGCAAUGGUAAAGCACCUCUGAAUACCUCUUACCACGAAAACCCUAUGAACAGAGUAUCCAAAAUGCAACACGAGAUAGUGCUGGAAAAUGAGACCCCCAGGUCAGAAGGCACUCACCGAGCUACUGGGGAAGAACAAAGGCCAUAAAGGAAGCCACAGACCUGAACUUACAAGAUCUGAGCAGGGUGGUUCAUGACAGAUGCUCUUGGAGGUUACUGAUUCAUAGGGUCGCCAUAAGUCGUAAUCGACUUGAGGGCACAUAACAACAACAAAACAGAAUGGACGUUCUGAUAAGAUGUUAUUUGCAGGAGGCCCUCUUUUACAAACUGCAGUGAUCAGUUGAGUAUAUAGCAGAUGAGGCAAUCCUUUAGGUAUCCUAGUCCCAAGCUAUAUAGGGUUUUGUGUGGGUAGAUUUGGGGCAGAAAGUGUAUGAGGAAGAGGGUGCAAAAGAGGAAGCCCUGCUUCUGAAUCCCAAAGUUUCAACAGCCUCUUGGCUGGUUUCCCUCAGUACCUCCUUGGCUUGCCCUCUCUUGUUAGGGAUUCCUGGCCUUAAACUGGGAACCUCAUGGACCCAGAAGCUAGUUACAAAGGCUGCGUACAAAAUUCAUUCUGCCCACUGAAAUUUCUCUCUAAGCUCUGGGAGUUUAGAACAAUCCGAUUGUGUUUGUGGAGCAGUUAGCGACCCACCAUUCUUCUGUUUUUUGACUGCAGGACUCUGCUCAGACCACUCUGCACGUGCAUUUGGGUGCAGUACCCUCCCUUCUUACACACCAGCACACCUGCACAUUGCUUAGCACGGUGCACAAAACCAAACCACAUCAUUGCAUCAGGGUUCCUUUUUGGCACUGUCAUUCAAUUGAACAUGCAGGCGCAUAUGUGCACACCAAUUAAAUUACAGCACAAGAAGGAAUCUGGAUGCUGCCGUGUGAUGGCAUCAAUGUUGUUAGGUUUUUUUUGCAGUGCUCUUUAUUGGUAUACACGUGCACUCGUGCGCUUUGGUUAUCUGUAAGCGGGGGAGAGAAGAGAUGCAAACUGAAAACUGCAGCACAUUGCAUGUGUGGCAAUUGUGGAAUUAAUUUUAGAAAUUCUCCCGGCUGCACUGCAAGGCAGACAGAGCAGAACAGCUGGAGAAGAGGGCAGAACCAAUUCACAGAACAAUAAUGAGAUGGAAUGAGGGGUCUCUGUGCAUCCUUGGACCAGUGUACUGUCAGCUGCAGUAACAGGACGAAUACUCCAGACACAGACCUGACGGGCUCAUUGGAAAAUAAAGCAAAAUACUGUUACUCUUUGCGAUUCAAAUUUACCUUUCCUUCUUUAGCCGCGCUGGCUUUUGCCAUCUUGGAUUUAGCCCCAACUUUCUAGCCCCGUCUGUGGCCUCUCUUCUACCUCUUUGUGCUCACUCCGACCACUAAGCUUCCCCUCCUUCCUUCCUCUGCUCUGCUUGCACCAGGAGUCCCCUUUCCUCUGCCCACUAACCAGGCUAUUUCCCUUUCCU